GGGGGUGAAUGCUAAGAUACUUUUGAUAGGGAGUCCCUUUCUUUUACUCUUUGACUCCAAGGGGAGGGGAGGCUCCUGAAGCUCUCUGACUGGCUGCAGUGGGAAUAAAAGUUUUUUUAUUCUUUUCCUCUGGAAUUACUGCACAGUGUUUGCUGCUCCUGAUAACUUUUGAAAGCAGCAGCCAGCUGAAGUGUAUGAGGGUAGUUGUCUGGCUUAGUGCUGGCAAGCAGCUUCUUAGCAGCCAGAGAUGUUUGUUCUGUACUGCUGUCAUUUGAGAAUUACGUAGGAUGCACGGAGUUUGUCUGUAGUCUUAGAUGACAGCAUUGUCUCUUUUUAAAUCUGGCAGAUUUUCUUCACAGCCACAGGAACAGAUUGGGUUUUUUUGGUUGUUGUUGUAAAGCAAAAGUUAGUUUCUAAGUAGAGCAGGCAUACCCUGCUGUCAGCCAUCAAGAAAAGCCCUUCUGAGUAGUGUUUUCAACCAAUGAUUUUUAUUUAUUUAUUUUUUUACCACGGAACACCAAAUUUCUUACAUAAAACAGAUUUUAAUUGAAACAGAUGGGUAUUGUUUGACAGUUGCCUUGAGAUCCCUGGUCUCUGGGGGGAGGCAAAGAACUGAUCUGCUCUUACGCCUUUUUUCCUUAUGCUUUUUUCGUUGUUACACUUCCCUCUUAAUACAUGAGCCCUUCUAAUGAGCUGUUGCUUUUCUUAACUUCAACUUGUAUCUCAUAUCUAAUUAUUCUGUGACUGAUCCUUAUCAGUGAAGAUGCAUAAUCAUACUUCCUCCAGUUAAGCAAAAAACUUACUUGGUGCAUUUUGCGUUUCUUGUAGAAACUUUAUAAACAGUGAUCUGUGUAUACUGCCAUGGGGUUUCAGGACCCAUCUGAGCUCGCCUUGAAAGAAAACUGCUCUGUUGCACGGACCUCAGUAUGGUUGUGCUUUUGAGAGUCUCGAACGUAGCUGUGGUGUUCUGCAGUAGCCACCAGUUAGUGGGACAAGGCUGUCUCAAGCCAAAGUAGAAGUAAUGGAGCAUUUUGCUGACUUAAGUAAAGCUGUGGUAGGAGCUGGAGAGCUAGAGGGCUAGAGAUGAGAGCAGAAGGCAGCCUGCCUGUAGCCCAGAUCCAUGCUCUGUAGUCACUGCACAGCAUCAGUCAGAAUGGUUUGUCCAUAACGAGUAUUAAUUGUCUGUAAGAUACGUUUCAGCAAAGCAAGGCCAUAGGGCAGCUCACUGUGAAAAACAAGACAUCAGUACAAAAUCUUUAGUUUCCAUCAUCUGAAGGCGGCUUCUGUGCUGUAAUAAAAUCACACCCUAUAAGGCUUAUGAUUAGAAAAUGUAAGUUAGAAACAUUUGAAGAAGGUUAGUGAACUUCCUGUUUAAAUUUGUUUUGUACUUUAAUUUUCAUGUGAUGUAGGAGCAUGGGCUGAAUCCAUGCAGACUCUUGGAAUAUUCAAGUACAAAGCAUUCUUUCAGUUAAUAUUAAUGAAUGUUGCACGAGUUAAGUCAUCAGAUAAAUUGUUUUGAAUAGGAUUAACAAACAUGAUGGAAAAAAAUGAGCUUUGAAGGAAAUGAGAGAGAUGCAUGGCUUGGUUAGGUAGACUUGAGCGUAUUUGGAUUGCAGAAGAAAGAGAUAAGCCUUGGUUUCCUAGUCUUAUCAUGAAACAAGAUUUGGAGAGAUCAAAACAAAAUGUGUUCUAAGAUUGUGUGGGUUAGAAUUUCAUUCAUCGGUUGAGAAACUAACAAGCUGUGGCUCAAAACAAAAUGGAUGCUAAAGACUUGCAAUGAAUGCAGAAUUGUUCUGCUAGCAACCUCAUUAUCUCCAGCCUACACGGGCUACAGGGGCUCAGAUGCAAACUCUUGCUGUCAUUGCUCUAGUUCAAAAAUGUUUGACAAAGUUUAGGAACUGAAAGUUGAGAGCUUAAGGUUUCGAUUUUGUUUUUCUUAACGUCAGAAUCAGCAUUUUUUUUUUUCUUGAAUGAUUAUGUUUCAUUUUAGGCUCGUAGAGCUAUCUUUAAUUUCCAGUUCUGAAAAAGAAAAUUGGUCAUGAUAAUUUUCUGCCGAGUCUCAAAUUGAAGGAAUGAUAAAGCCAAAUGUGCUAACUGUUUCUGUGUGUUGCUAUGUAGCCUUUUAUCUCCAAUUAAUGUUUAGCAAAAAGGAAUGAUUUUUGAGUGCUCUCUUACCUGCUGAAUUCAUAUGUUUAAUUCAUUUAUUUUUCUUUUUGCAGUUCCUGAAAACCACCCAGUUAUUUGGGAACAGAAGGAAUGUUACUGGGGACUGCAUUUUCAGACAGAAAAAAGUAAAAUAGAGAAUUAUAGAUGAAUGACAUGAUAUAAGCUCACUGAGAGUGGCUGCAGGCAACAUACAGAAAAUCAGGCUGUUUGUUUUAAAGAAAGCAGCUUUUGUGCACACCAAAUCAAACUUUCUUUUCUGAGGUUGUUUUUCUAUUCUGUUUCUCAAAUUUCAAAAUCAAUUAAAUAGAAAAACAGCUGCCGAAGAGUUUGGCUAGAUUACGUAUAUGUUGACAACAGGGAGAGCCUGAUUUCUAGGCUGAUUUCUCAGACCAAAGUUAGCGUUUAUGAAAGUGAAUGUUUAAAAAAAAAAAAAAAAAAUGUUGAUUUCUGUCAGCCGUUGUAGAAUGGUAGCGUGACUGACUGCUUCCCUGCUUCCCAUCUCUGCUUUUUCUUAGAGGUUGGUAUUGCUUUUGAUGUGUACAGUCCGCCCUUCUUUGCUUCUCUUCCACUCGUUUUCCCAGUUAGCUCGGAUCUCUCUGAGCAUCUCGAGUUUCUCUGAGGCAGUGAGGUGAACUCAGAUGAAUUUCAGAGGCCAGGCUUGGAGGCUGCUGUCUACGCUGUCUAGGGUAUGAGUUGUAGGACUUUGAGCAGUACUGAUUUGGUCCCCUCAUGGCUCCAGCUGUCUGUCCUUUGCCACCUGGUUCUGGUUUUGUGGUUUCGCGUACUCUUUCAAAUUCAGAGAAGAGGUGGUGGGGGGAAGGAAGAGUUUUUCUGUGUAAUGACUUGUAUCAUUUGUCUCAUCUAUGCAUUAUGGCAUUGUCUACCACCACUGGCUGCAGUGCUCUGGGGCACCUUUAGAGACCACAAGGAGAUCAUGGAGUACGAAGGCCAGACCUGCUGGAUCUCUUGUAGAAGUUAUAAACAGUGCAGUGACUGUGGGCAGCUGGACAACAAAGUGAAGGCAGUAAAGUGACGUAACUUAAAUCUUAAACAGGAUCUGUGAUAUUCUCUUCUGUAAAAACUGUAAUACCGUGUCUACCACCUUAUUUUUUGGGGCACAAAUAGGUGCAUCCAGACCGUAUAUAGUAAUGUGCCUUCCAAAUAAAUCAGAGCAUCAGUAAUGCAAGAAACUGUAUGAUCAUGUCAUAAACAACUAUAUCUGCUCUGAGGAAGUCUUCAAAGUGUAGGGAGACAGUAAGGAGUGUUAGAAAGGAACUGAAAGCUUGAAAUGCAGACGUGGUUGCAUCAAGGCUGCAAAAAGAAUGUGACUUGUGGUUACCAGGGGAUGCACAUUGCUUUUGUGUAUGAAUGUGUUCAUUGGUGAGCGUGUUUCCCCUUUCCAGGUGUUUUAAUUAGGUGACAACUGGUAGAUCAGUGAGGCGGGCAAACAGACUUACAUGGUCGUCCUGUUGGUCUGAGAGUAGUCUGGUAAUUCAAUCCUCUUCUCAGCAUUUGUCAGAGGUAAGCCUGUUUGUAUCAUCAGGGAUUAGUUCCAGUAGUAUAUUUAGGGCUACAGGGAAAACAAUGUUAAACAAACAAGCCACCAAACAAAAAAAACACAUACAGACAUCCCCAAGGGCUGAUUGCAGCCCAAAUCACAGUCUAAGCUUUUUAGUCUUUGCGUGCUUUCAGGGCUUGAAAAACCCAGUCAGUCUUUAUUUUGAGCACAGUUGUGCUUUACCAGCACAACAUCUACUGGCAUCUGAAGCCGUGCUCCCUCCCCUCUACUGCUCUGCCUGAAGUGUGAUGUCCUGCUGUUUGAAGUGAGGCCUACUUAAAGCCAUCUCUCUUAGGAGUGAAACCACUACUUGGUCCUGCCCUCCCUGCCACAAGGAGUUUGGGCUCUUGUUAAGUUAAUUGCUCCGUUCUCUGGAAUGGUGGGGCUGGUGGGAUUCCUCUGUUCUCUGAGGGUUCUCUCUGGGCAGAGAAGAAUCAUGCAGCAGAGCCCCAGGGUCUUUUGUCCCUCCUGAAGUGUGGCAUUGUAUGUUGACUUCAGCUGCAGUACUUAACACAUCUCUUCUAUUCUUACACGUCUUCAGUUCCUUAAGUCAACGGAAUAAAAACCUGAGGUGUACUUCAAAAGCUGUCAUACCAUGAAAACUGUUCAGACAGUGCAGAUUAUGUACAGUAAGUACAUGUAAAACAUGUCUUAAAUUGUGUUUUUCUGUUCAGAGCUUCUGAAAGGUGUCACAUUAAUAAGCAAUUACCUGGAUGCAUUGCAGUUCUCUUCAGCUUGAAUAAGACAGGCAAAAUAUUUCAGCUGAUAAACUGCAAAAAAAAAAAAGAAAAGAAAAAAAAAGUGCUAUGUUUGCUUCAAUGGACUCUCGGUUGCAUUUAGAAAUUCUGCUUAUUGCUUCUAGGGAAUCCUAUCUACUAAACCACAUUUCCUGGCUUUGUUAGUUACUUGUAACAGUGAGUUAUCUUCAUCUCUGUUUAAAUGGAUUGCUUUCUCACAGGAUUUUUAAUUUGGUUUUCUAUCAUUCUGUUUCUUUGCACUUAAAGAAUUUUAGAGAUGGUUUCUUCUGAAAAUGUGGAAGAGUGACAUGGUCAGGUUUUCCUUGCUCUGCAUCUCUGGAACCACUGAUUGUACGGUAUUGGGCACGUAUUGCACUUUACUGAGGGAUUACAUUAAUUUAAAAUGCAAACAUGACAGAGGAUCCUUGUUCAGAGUUCAAAGGCUGUAUGAAAAGGCUCGUAAAAGCUCCUACAUGAUGAGAUAAAACCAAUCCCCUACAAGCUUGUAUUUUUCCCUACUCCCGUUCUUGUCACUGUGCUUUUCCCUCUGCUGUUUCCACUUACUUUUAUUUACAGUGAGUUUCAGUCACGUAGUUCAUUUUUGCACUGAUAAACCAUAACAACCAAUCUGCUGAGUUAAAAUGACCAGGGUUAUGUUUUAAUUCAUUAAUCCUCUUGGCAAGAACAUGUAGAUCUGCGCAGUGCUGUUUAGAGAUCUGUGAUGUAUCUAAAAACAUGUUGUGGUAAGUAAGAAUAUGAUCCUCUGGGGCAUAGCAAUGACUGGCUUCCAGACUGUUCACAGUUUUGUUUUUCCUAGCGAGACUAAUAAAUAUUUAAUUUUUUAGGAUGCUGAUAUUAAAUGUACUUCAUGUACUCUGUGACUUCGAUAUGGGUUUCCUGUUGUGUUCAUUUUAAAUAAGAAAAAGCAGUGUCCCACGAACGUUGUGAGCAGCCAGUGGUCUGUGGGCUCUUGAGUAUUGCUAAACCAGAGUAAAUAAUCAGACACAGAGCAGUGAAAGACUAGGAUGUGUGAUGUUGUAACUCACUGAACCAUUUCUAUAUGCCUUCUCAUGGCUUGUUUCUUGCUUUGCCUUGAUUAUUCUUAAAACUGGAAAUCACAUUAUGCUGGAACUUCCAAAGAAAAAUAGAAGUAGGGUAGCACAUACUAAUAGGGCUGUGUUUGCCAGAGAGAAACAAGUUGCCUUCUUUAGGACCACUCUUCUGGAAGGGUAGAUACAAAGCAGCACGCAAAUUCUGGCUGUGCUCUGUGCUGAAGGUUGGUGUAUGAAAUUGAUGUGUAUGGGGUGGACUGCAGUGCCCCAGAAGCUCAGUGAUUCCUGCCUGCCCUGCUCUGUCAUAGCAUGAAAAAUUAUAGGCUUGGUAGAUGUAGAAAUUAAUUCUUGCUAGCACACAUAUUAGAUAGAAACAGUACUGUGUGUACAGAGUGCUUCUGUGCUUGGCAGUGGAAAUAAAUAUCAGACUGCAGUCAAUAUUAUGAUGCUUUUGUGGCAAUUUAGGCAGUUUGGGACACAGAUUCCCUUGCAAGCCUCUGGAGUUGCACUAAGAAAAACAAAUAAAAACUGAAAUGAGCAGAAAAAGGUAAUUUCAGAUGUUGAUGUCUUAAGUUUGCAGAUUCUAUAGGAUCUUUAAGUGAGGUUUUGGGAAACAUGCUACUCUUUCUGUAGCAUUUGCUUUACGCUCAUGUACAGGACUUUGUUUUUUGUAGAGAAAAUUUCUAAACAAUGUGCCUUCUGUAGAAAAUACUUCUUGUCUAACACUGUGCUCAUACUCAAUGGGAGUCACUUAAUUUUCUGUGCAGCAGGACUGCCAGCUUGAGCACUGCAGAGCAGUUUGUAAAUAGGAUCUUCUUUUUUUGUAAACCAUCUGCAGGUUGGAUGGGGCCCUGAGCAGCCUGAUUUAGUGGUUGGCAGCCCUGCCCGCGGCGGGGGGUUGGAGCUCAAUGAUCUUUGAUAUCCCUUCCAACCUAAGCCAUAUCAUCAUUCUAUGAAGCACACGCGGCUAGUGCGUGCAUGUGUUCAGAUUUAGCAGUGAGGAGAAUGAGCGCUGGGGAAAUGUGCUGAUCUGAAGAUGAGAGCAAUGUGGGUGCAAGGCAACAUGACUAAAGCCAGCACAGAAGGAGAGGGUUUACAUCCUGGCAUGGUGCCUCCUCACGCCUCAGAUUCCAUCUCUGUUUAGUGCAAGGAAGAACUAAAAAUAAUACCUGCAGUUCAGUGUGGUGGCAUGAAGUUUGCAAAAUGAAUGCAUUUCCUCCACGGUGACCUUCUCUCUUCAAAAUCAGCACAGAAGAAGGACAUGGCAAAAAAAGAAUCACAAAGAGCGUAUCGGUCCAUCCGUAUGAGUUUUGUUUCUUGUAUUUCUCUUCUGCUCAGUGUGCAGUUGUCAUUAAAAUACACAGUGACACAGUUGGGGUGUGAGAAAUGUGGAGACCAACCCAAGGUGCUGGAUUAAUGCGCUUGAUGUUUCUCUGUGUAACUGAGUAUUUUGUUUUCGUGUUUUCAUCCACUGUUUUGCAUUUCAGUUGUUUUAUUUCCUUUCAUACCCUUGCUAAUUUUUGUUGUUGCUGUAUGGGAAUAAGAAAGUGAAAAUUAUAGGCAGCUUAUGUGUGCCUACGCAGCCUUGUAUACCUAAUAAGGUAAAAAUGCACUGGUAAAAUGCGUACUGCUAUGCUACAUAUUUCAGUCUUUUUAGGUAACGUUUUGAAGUGUGCUCACAUGUAUAUAAUGACUUUCAUUUGGCUUAGACUACUGACUGCAAGCAAUACUAUGUCAAGUGUAAGAUUUAAACUUAACUGACUUUAGUGACGGAAAGUUCUUCUUUCCAUCAUUUUUAAGGUAUUCAAGUCUGCUAUCUUUACAAGAUAUAGAAAAUACUUCAUUUUAACCCUCUGGUGGCCAGUUCAGUGGGAAUAAAGGACAAUCGCCAUGGUGUCCUGCUACUGAAGUAUCUUAAUUCACUUGAGCAUCUCGUUGCCACGUGGGCCCUCCAGCCAUGUUACAUAGAGGAGCUUGAGUAAACUCAGUGCAUCAUUGCUCCUCAAGGGCUGCUGCUGUGUGGCAACAAGAAUCUGCACUAAUCUGUGCAGGAUCUGCUUCGUGCUUUUAUCCCAGGAACAGUUACAUUAGAUUGGUUUCAGAACACCACUCAGUCAGCAGCUUGAGUCUGUGUCUUGAGGACCCUGCUCUUAAAUCAGGAAUCAUUUCUAGUAGUCAUUCUGCUAGAAUUGUGCAGUGUUUCCCAAUAAGGUUACCAGCUGCUGGAAGGCGAUACUGUUUUACUGGUCUGUAGCACGUCUCAGGUUUUUGUACUGCUUUAAAUAUUACUGCUGUCAAAUACGGCAGUCUCUUGCUGCUAUCCUGUCAUAAAAAUUAUAGUCUUGAAGUUUCUUGUUCCUUCUGGUGCUGUUGCUAUUAAAAUGUCAAAAUACCUUUCAGUUCCAUUUGAUAAGCAGGUGAAUAAGGAUGUGACAUGUUUCUAACUCAGAUUCAGUGCGCGGUGUUACUGUCAUUUGGAGCCCCUCAAAGACCUGGGGGAAAGUGAAAAUUCCAGUUGGCACAUGGAUUUGCUGGCUUUGCUUGCAUGCACCAGGAGCAUUCCUCAACGGAAACAUGCCUGCUGAAGGGUUGUUUUCUCUAGCUGAUAGACAUGAAUGGCCAUGGUGAAGUCAGGAGUAGGAACUUUGACAUAAAGAUGGGGGAAUCUGCUACAGAAAUCAGAGCUGCAAACAGAAAAGUUUCAAAUUUGCAGUUGUCUUCAAUCUUGCUACUGUAUGGGCAUGCAAGGCAACUGUUAGUUAUUUUCUUGUGUUAUGACUUUUGCUCUUCUAUUUUCUCAAAUCCUUGAAAUUAUCCCAAUCCAGGACUGUAAUCUAUUUGUGGCAGGAGUUUUCAGUACUCCACACAUUACUGUUAGCUAUGCAUACUCACCCCUGUGCCUGGGAAGAUCAUGGAGCAGAUCCUGCUAGAAGCUAUGUUGAGGCACAUAUGACAUAAGGAGGUGAUUUGAGACAGCCAGCAUGGCUUCACCAAAGUUAGAUCGCGCCUGACCAAUCUGGUGGCCUUCUAUGAUGCAGUGACGGCUUCGGUGGAUGGAAAAGGGCGAUGGAUGUCAUCUCGCUGGACUUCUGCAAGUCCUUUGACAUGGUCUCUCACCACAUCCUUCUCUCUAAAUUGGAGAGGUGUGGAUUUGAAGGAUGGACUGUUGGAUGGAUUAGGAACUGGCUGUCUGGACACAGCCAAAGAGUUGUGAUCAGUGGUUCUGUGUCAGGGUGGAGGCUGGUCACAAGCAGUGUCCCUCAGGAGUUGGUCUUGGGACUGGUGCUCUUCAACAUCUUCACCAAUGACACAGACAAUGGCAUCGAGUGCACCCUCAGCAAGUUUGCAGAUGACACCAAGCUGAGCGGUGCAGUUGAUAUGUUGGAAGGAAGGGAAGCCAUCCAGAGGGACCUGGACAGGCUGGAGAAGUGGGCCCAUGAAAACCUAAUGAGGUUCAACAAGGUCAAGUGCACGGUGCUUUGCUUGGGUUGGGGCAAUCUCAGGUAUUUAUACAGACUAGGGGAAGAUCUCCAUGAGAGCAGUGCUGUGGAGAAGGACUUGGGGGUCCUGGUGGAUGAGAAGCUGGACGUGAGCCAGCUUGUAGCCCGAAAGGCCAAUUGUGUUGUGAGCUGCAUUAAAAAAGGGGUGUCCAGCAGGGAGAGGGAGGUGAUUGUGCCCCUCUACUCAGCUCUUGUGAGGCCUCAUCUGGAGUACUGCGUCCAGGCCUGGGGCCCCCAGUACAGGAAGGACGUGAAGCUCUUGGAGUGGAUCCAGAGGAGGGCCGCUAAGAUGAUCAGAGGGCUGGAGCAGCUCUCCUAUGAGGAAAGGUUGAGGGAAAUGGUCCUGUUUAGCUUGGAGAAGAGCAGGCUCUGGGGAAACAUCAUUGUGGCCAUCCAGUACUUGAAGGGAGCAUAUAAACAAGAGGGGGAACAACUGCUUGCAAGGGUGGAUAGUGAUAGGACAAGGGGGAAUGUUUUUCAACAGAGACAGGGGAGGUUUAGGUUAGAUAUUAGGAGGAAGUUUUUCACCCAGAGGGUGGCGAUGCACUGGAACAGGUUGCCCAAGGAGGCUGUGGAUGCCCCAUCCCUGGAGGCAUUCAAGGGCAGGCUGGAUGUGGCUCUGGGCAUCCUGGUCUAGCGGUUGGUGACCCUGCACAUAGCAGGAAGGUUGAAACUAGAUGAUCAUUGUGGUCCUUUUCAACCCAGGCCAUUCUGUGAUUCUAUGAUACGAUUCUAUGAUUCUGACCAAGAGGGAAAAAGGGGAUUUCCUUCUCUUUUUCCCACAACCCUUCAGGAUUCAGAUUAAAACUUGAAAGGAAAAAAAAGCCAUUCAUUCUUCUGUAUAUUGCUGAGAGAUGAGCUUUUCAGAUACAAUUAUCAGGAUGAUGAAAAUUUUGAGUUAUUUCAUAUUGCAUGCAUGAUGGUAAUACCAAUUUGAAUAGAGGUGUUCUAAUGUUUUACUGCCUUAGGGCUCCUUUAUGUUUGAAGUUCAUAUUUUCACCUUCACACCCUUUAAACAAAAAACAACAGCAAAAAAAGAAACCCUACUAGCUGGCAUAUGAUUAUUUUUAAAUCAACACCACAUGGCUGAUAAGGAGCAAAAGUUUGUUUCUUUUAUGACCACGUGAGUCGUAUCGUGUUUUAGAAAGAAGAUAUGGGUAACAAAAAAAUAGAAAACAAACACCAGCCUGCUGUGGAGGAAGGGGAUGCUGUGCUGUGUGGUAAAAAGCUGUUGUGUUAGCAGAGUAACUCCUGGAGCAUGACAUGAACAGCUGAGUCAUUUACUGUUGGUACUGAGACAAAUUGCUGCUGAAGGAUGCUUGUUAAUGCUCAGCUGCCCUUGCAGCUGGUAGAUGGCCUGGCUGAGAGCAAAGUAGGCUUGAGCCUGGUAGGAACUGCUGUGGAAAGAGUAAACUCCAGAUAAGUGUAGUCUAAUCUCUGGAACAUUUAAUUGGUUCAGCAACAUUUUCUAAUGGCUGAGCUUUUAAAAUGUGCAAAUAUUCUUGAUGUUGAGAUAAUCACGGAUUUCUCAUUUAUUUUUCAGUAGGAACCCGCAAGUAGUAGUAAAAGACUACUCUUUUUUUCUUUGCUGUUAAUGCAAUUACAGUUCAUGUAUCAACUUGUAUAGUCCUUGGAUGUACCUUAACAAUUACUUCUGUGCAUCUUAAUGUCAUAUAAGACUGCUAUUGUAGAUCACUCUCCUGAUGUUUUGUAUAGCUAAUGAGGUUUGAAUGUUUGUAAUAUGAACCUCAGAGAAUGCUUUUCUUGCAGCUGAGUUAAAAUUAAUCCUUUUAAAAAUUUAUAUUCAAUUCAUGGUCUUUGAAGAUCAUGCCUAUUGCAAGAUUUUUUUGACAGAUUGGUUGUUGACAGUUAUUUUCUUUAAAGCGUGUCUAACUCCUAAUGAUAACUAUAGUUCUAACCAUCAAUCAAAUGUUUCCAUAUAUAAGAUGCUGUUUGAAAUUUGAUUUGAAGAUGAAGUGUGCUUGUACUUUGUUUAACAGUGCCUGUGCCCUUCAGCUCUCAAAUGUUUUUUUUUUUUUUUUUCCCAAGCAGAUGGGCUGAAAACUGAAUGCAAAGAAUAUCUCAUAGCCCUCUACCCUCUCUCCUGCUGCCACAGUGCAAGGGGGCAGAGUUUUUCAUGAGCCCUCUGUUCUUUCACUGCUCUUCAAGAAAUGUCCAAGUUCAAGAGGAGCCGAAACAGUCUAUCACAGAAUUUCAGAGUGCCAUUUCUGUUCCAUUUCAGAGACUCAGUGGCAGGGUAGGUUUUCAUAAAUGAUUUUAACUUUCUGAUUCUGAACAUACAACUUUACCUGAAAGAAUGGCACCCUUCCACGCACUCUCUGACAGAACAGCGUAGAACAGAAACGUCCACGCCUUGCAAAAACAAAUACACGGGAACACAUAGACCUUGUAAAGUAAUUUGAAUGCUGUCAAGCAUAACUUAGUGCACAGGGUUGUUGCAGCUGGUUCUGUAGUUUAGCAUAAAGGAAUCUGCAAAGCACAGUGCUUAUGCCUACUUUGAAUGAAUGUAGAGCUCCUGCUUGUAGAACAGAUCUUAAAAUGUCCAGCUCCCUGUAUGUCAUGUAAAUAAUUCUUUAAGCUGGAAGUCUGGAACAUGCAGCAGGAAUCGUAUUUGUGGUUUCUAAAAAGUAUUUUACUUCAGGUUAUUUCCCAGUUUAGAAACAACCUUCUCUGUGACCUUGCAGUCAUGCUGCCUUGUUCAGUGCUGCAGUUCCUGUUUUGACGUGAUAUGCAGUUACCCUGUGUUACAGCUGGGCUGACUCUACAGAUACAGUUAUUGUGCAGAGCUCUCCUAUUUUGGCAAUGUUUAAUACACUUAAAUACUUAGAAAUAAGCUUUGAAAGAAUCAUCACUUACAAGGGUGCUGACCUUCUGGUGUUCUUGUGCAAGUCUGGUUGACUUCAGGGAAUUUGCUCAUGGGUAUGAAUUUUCCAGAAAUUGGCUGGAAGCCUGAGAUUCAACUUGGAGGGUUAAUCUGAAGAGCAAUGUAGUUAGGGGCUCUUUUCUAAAAUAAACUCCAGUAGGUUUAUAAAAUAUUGUAUUAAAUCUUAAUUUUUACAGAGGCUUUUAAAAAUUGAUUUAUUCACUAGCUGCUUUGAAAUAUGAUGAAAUAAAAAUGUGUCUAGCAUUCUUCCAGCAGACAUAAUUCACUUUACUAUCAUAAAAUCACAAGGUUGGAAAGGACCUACAAGACCAUCUAGUCCAACCGUCCUCCUAUCACCAUUACUGCUCGCUGAGCUACUAAACCAUGUCUUGCAGCACCACAUCCAGACACCUCUUGAACACUGCCAGGGACGGUGACUCUACCACCUGUGUGGGCAAGCCAUUCCAGUGCCUGACCACUCUCUGAGAGAAAAUGUCUUUCCUUAUGUCUAAUCUAAACCUCCUCUGGCACAGUUUGUGGCCAUUUCCUCAGGUCCUGUUUGUUGCCUGGGAGAAGAGGCCAAACCACUCCUCAUCACAGCCUCCUUUCAUGAAGUUGUCGAGUGCAGUGAGUUCUCCUCUGAGCCUCCUCUUCUCCAGACUAAACAAUCCCAGCUCCCUCAGCCGCUCCUCAUAAGACCUGUGCUCCAGACCCCUCACCUGUUUCAUUGCCCUUCUCUGGACACGUUCCAGGGCCUAUGGAGUAUUAACUUGAAGACUACUAUGAACUAUUAACUUGAAGAAAGUACAAAACUAUUCUAAAAAGACACUAUUAUUUGAUUUAACACAAAGUCAGGUACUCUAGGACAUAUUAUUGGCUCUUUCUUCCAAACUGUGUGUGUGCUUGUGUUAUUUAUUUUCAUUUUUCUAGAUUGUAGUCUUGUGACAUUCUCAUAACUUUGGGGGAUCUGCAAACUAAGUUCUUUUAUCAGAAUUCUGCCACAGAUGUUGGCAGUGAUUGUAGCAAUACCUGCAGAUGGCAGAAAGCACAAAAAAUCCAAACAAACAAACAAAAACUGUAGGAAACAACUAGGAGGCAUUUGUUUUUUUUUUAACAAGCAUUACAAAUGCAUUAUGCGUUGAUGUCCUUAUGAAAUGCCUCACAGAAUUUUCUGAGCUACUCGUUAGCACCUGAAUGUUCUACAGGAGCUUGAUCAAAUUCAUUUUUACGUUUGCGAGAAUAGGGAGGAUGUGGCUCAAUUUAAGAAAGAAAAAGAAAUCUCAGAAAGGGAUUUCUUUAACUGAAUAGACAUAAAAAAAAAAAAUACCAGUUACUUGAAUGCUCAACUUCAGGUGUUUAGGGACUGCCUUGUGAAAACAGCUUGUAUACCCAGACUUUCCACCUUCGUCUGUUCCUUCUGUAACAUUCCAGCUCAGAUUCCAGGACCUCAAAUCAGUCACUCAGAAUCUGAGAAGCUCUCAAAGCAUUUUGAGCACUUUGUUUAACAUCACGGACAACCACAGCAGUAGAAGUGACAUUCUCCUUCACUGCAGUUUAUCUUCUGUAGCUACAAAUUUGUCUUCUCUUUCUGUUUUCUGUUCUUCAGGCCACGUACAGCUAACUUGCUUAUAAUGAGAACAAGAGGGCCAUCUUCCAAUGCAGUUCUGGUUCGUUCUCAGAUCUUGUCCAUUUUUGUCAGGAAUGAACCAGUGUUUUUGUACGGAGAAAAGAAUCUCUCUUUUAGCCACCAGUCACUGCUUAUGAAGUUCAGACCUUAUGCAAUCUCUAGCUUGAUCAUAGAAUGGCUUGGGUUGGAAGGGACCUCAAGGAUCAUCAAGCUCCAACCUCCAUGCUGCACGCAGGGCUGCCAGCCUCCGUAUCUAAUCACCUAACUUUUAGAAAAAGAAAUACAGAAGAAAAAAACCUCAACAAAAACAAACAAAAAACCCCCUCAAACCACCAAACCUUCAUGACAGAAAAAGCUGAUGCCCUAAAAAACUGUCAACAACCUCACUGCAAAUCUGUGUCCCUUUUGAAGUGAUUUGAUAACUGUAGAAGAACACUCUCAUCCUCCAGAGCUAAUUGGGGGAGGAGAAGGAGAUGUUAAUAUUUUCCAGAUGUUUGACGAGAAAAAGUAUUUCAGAUCCUGGAGUGAGAAUUCCAGUGCGCGCUACGUUCUCCUUGUUCUCAUGUAAUGCAUUCUGCUUCCAGCUUAGCUUUGCCUAACUUUGUUCCUUUGUCAUCAUGCCUCCUUCUCUGUUUGCAGGCUGCUGCUGUUAAGCUUGUUUGCGCUCCGUAUGACUCAAAUGUCUCAGAUCUUUUUCUGAUCUCUGUGGUUUUGUCAGUGUUUUUGUAUUGGCAGUCCUUCAUCUGUCACAGGCCCUCAUCAAUCUCUCAGGCUUGUUUUUACCUUAUUCCUUCUGUGAAGUCUUUAGCCAGUCUCUAUUUUUCAGCUUCACCUGCAAUUCAGUUUCUUUUCUCAGUCCUCUUUCCCUUCCCACUCCCAAACCUAUGGACAUUCAGUGUUGUUUUGUAAUUAAUUUCACUCUCCCUUGUCUCUCCAUCCUUCUCUUGCAAGUGUUUUUUUUUUAUCCUCUCGUUAGCCAUAUCUUGUUUUUCCCCAUAUCUCUACAUAUUUGCUUCAAAUCCUAUCCCUGCAGCACUUAAAUCAGAGGCAUUAUUACAGAAGUAGCAUUGCAGACGGUUGGCUGAAAGUACUUUCAGGGUCUGGUGAGCAUCCAGGGAAUCUGCCCACUUGUAUAUAUUUAUUUAUUAUCAAACAUCUGUUAGCUAACGUCUUGCCAAACUGAAGAGCCUGAGUAUCUAGAUACCUUGUAGGAGUUACUUGGAGUGAGUUUUUAAUGUGAACAAAAAACAAAGGAAAAAUUAAUUCUUUCUUAGCAUUGAUUGUACUAUUUUGAAGAUGUCAGUUCUGAAAGCUGGAUAAAACUGUGGUCUAAAUCCGACACCUUGCAGGAUGUACUAUUGGCUAACCUGAGCAUCCUUUCAUUCCAGGAGACAUAUGCAAUCCUGAUUGUAAAACUGUUGAUUGAGGGAAAAAAAAUCCAAAAUGUUACUUUUUUUUGUAGAGAAAUGUCCAUUAUUUUAGUUUGCUGAAGAUGUGAUUUAGUUCUUCAUGCAGAUUGUCUGGGAUGUGGAUGCUGUCUCUUCCUCUAAGACAUUUUCAUCUCAGAAGUGAUGAGAAUUUUACUAAACGUGUGUGUGUGUGUGUGUGUGUGGACGGGAGAGGGGGGGGAACGAAGAUAAAUGUGUUAUGAGUUAAUUUAAUCUUAGACAUGGGUAUGUGGAAAUGAGCAAGUAUACUCAUACUUGGAUAAAUAUAGCAGAUGUUUCCAUUCUGUGCUUGAGAUUAUGAAAGGGAUUAGGAGGAACUGAAGUCCUACUGUUUCCCUUUAGUACUUUGAACAGUAGAUAAAUAUUUCCAUCUGUAAUACCAAAAUGCUCGUUACUAAAAGGUCCUACUUUUACCUGAAUGAUGCUUACAAGUCCAUAAUACAGAAUGAUAAGCCAAUGUUUGAAAUCCUGCUGACAAGUAAAAUCAAUUACAAGCUCUACUGUUUUAGAAAAGACUUUCCAUCCCAUGGACACAGCCUAAAUAGAGUUAGAAUUGCGGCUCAUUCUAAAAUCUGGAUGCUCAGUGUCUUAGAAUCACAGAACCAUAAAGGUUGGAGAAGAUUUCUCACGUCAUAUAAUCCAACCAUCAACCCAUCACCACCAUGCCCACCAAACCAUGUCCCUAAGUGUCAUAUCUACACGCUUCUUGAACACCUCUGGGGAUGGGGUUGAAUGGAUCUACACUAAGAGUUGAACAAAUCAAAAGAUAAGCAGCUUAUCUCUCUGACCUCUUGUCAGAGUCCAGGUUUCUUGUCGGAGGAAAGGAGAGUAGCAGUUCACAAGGGUUAGGUGUAUUUUCUCAGAUGUGGGGAAGAGGUGUGUGUGUCUACUUGAAUGACCAUUGUUAGAUAUGGCAGGGCUGCUCCCCAAGUGUGAAGAUGAGAAAGGGAGAUGGGGAGGGUGAAAUGCCGAAAAAGCACCUUAUUUUUUUCACUUAAAAAACAAUGCUGAAAUCCACAGAUGCCAUUAGUGUUUGGAAACUAGCAGACUGAAAACAAAAGUUAUUCUUAAAUAUAGUGGUGUUCCUUUGAGCUCCAGUGCUCUGCACCAUUGUGACGUAGCACCCACAGAUCGGGUGGAUGAUUGGCUUUGUUACGUGGGUCUUAGUGCCUGGCUUAUCAAAUGCUGAGAUUUCUAGUGCUGCAGAAACUUACUGAUUUAGAAGUAUCAUUGCCAUUUUGAAAAAAGAAUGUUGUGCUUUCUGUUGUGUUCCGAGCACGUGUUCUAAUUGCAUGUGUGAGGUUUUAAACUAGAGUGCUAUAGGUUUCUUUCACAUAGACUAGCAGGCCAGCAGGAGGAACUAGGGAGAAACUAGAAUUUGUGUUGGUUCAUGAGGGUCUAGAAACAGAUUUUUUCUACGAGAUCACCUUCAGGGGGGACAGAAGAGGGUGAUGCAGUUAGCUGAUCCUUUCACUGGCUGUCUCCUAACCUUGUUUCUGAACUAAUGCCAAGUGGCAGAGCGUCUUCCUGGUGUGGCAGUGUUAGGACUACAGAGAAUUGAAGGUCAUCAGAGCUGAGCUCAUCCCUUCUGCCUUUGGACUAGACAUUGAAGACAAUAUUGGGACUAUAUAUGGUAUGCAAACUGGUGAGCUAGUGAAGCCCGUAUGCGUGAAGUCUGGUGCUGAGCCUCUUAUUGAAACUGGAGUUCUUCUAAAAAGCUGUUUUUCAGGUCAGAGGAAAACUAGGAGGUAACUGCAUGGCUUGAGCUAUGAGCUAAAUACAAAUUACUUAUUUGGAGCAUGACACAAAUUCUCUUGAUUUAUGGAAAAGAGGAAAAUCCCAUUUAUUUCCAUAAUAUUUCAAAACAGCAACAGUGCUAAAUUAGGGGUGCUGGGAGAUACUAGAGUUUAUGAAUCCCCUAUUCAAUUUAGUAAAUGUAAUUUUGUUUUUAAGAAAAAAGUAUUCUGAUAGCAUUAGAAGUAUUUUCAUGUGUAUUUUAAAUGACUUCAGUCAUGCUUCUGUUAGUAAAGAGCAAUUAUAGUCUGUCAAAAUUUCUCUUAGCUGAAUUUGGAUUCAUGAUGGUAUGGUGAGACGGUCCCAUGCCUAGCUGAAAGUAAUCAGUCUUCUCAUUUUUGAGAAUACAGCUACUAGUAAAUACAUGUUUAUCAAAUAUAAUUUCAAAAAUGAUUACUGAUUUACUGAGUUCAACUACAAAGGACACCUUUUUAUAGCUCACCAUUUAGUAAUUGGCCUAAAUAUACGGUAGCUACUUUUAAAACUGUUAAUGUGUAUUAACAGCAAAUGUAGUUCUCUUUAAGAGAAAAGGGCUGCCAACUAUAUUCUUUCGGGACAGCUAUUGAGUUUUUGAGACAGAUUUCUAUCAUUUUUUUCAGAUAUCUUUACGUCUACAUUGUAAUGCAUCUAGAUUGUAUCUGUAAUUACAGAGGUACCUGUCUGCACAAGCCUUGUAUCUCUUUGAAGAUUCCUUCUAUUUUUAUUGGUAUUGACUGCUCUAUUCAUUUUCAUGUAUGUAUAUAUAUAAUAAAAGCACAAUGGAUGAUGUUUUCUCAUUUUUCAUAACUUCUGAAGGUCUGGAUUGUGCUACUGAGCACAUCCAGAUGUUGCAGCCUUGCAUCCAGCCAACACUGCAGAGCACCGUAUCUUCACCCUUUAAGAAAUAAUCUUUCUUUUGUUCCAAGGAACAAAAACCAUCAUGAGUUAUGAUUUCUGAAUUUUUGUAUGUGUAUACAUAUAUGAAGAAAUAAAUACGUAUGCAUAUACCCAGACUGUGGUGUAUGAAGAGAGCAGGCCAUUCAUUAAGAUUUCUUCACUGGUUUUUUUUGUUUAUUUGUUUGUUUAUUUGUUUGUUUUUUAAGUUAAUGAGCCAAUGAGGUUUAGAAAUCUGUGGAUGAGGCUACGUGAUAGGAGCAGUUGAAUGUUCAACAGUUACCUACCAGGUCAUCAUUUCAAUUAGGAAUGCAACAAGAAGGAGUUUUGUUUGUUUGUUUGUUUGUUUGUUUGUUUGUUUUUUUCAUGGGAGGAUGUUGUGGAUGCCCCAUCCCUGGAGGCAUUCAAGGCCAGGCUGGAUGUGACUCUGGGCAGCCUGGUCUGGUGGUUGGCGACCCUGCACGUAGCAGGUGGGGUUGAAACUAGAUAAUCAUUGUGGUCCUUUUCAACCCAGGCCAUUCUGUGAGAUUGCCUUACAUACCCAACAGAUCAUCAGUCCAUUUUAGCUGCUCAGUGCACGUUCUAUAUAGCCUUAGUGUAAAUUGAGCAAAAUUACUCAAUCUUGCACAGACAUAGUGCACGAAUUUGUCUAUUCCAGUUUUCAAAUAAAAGAUGGUGACAGAGAUUUGUCUUUAUGGGGAGAUAUCCCUUGGGGUUAUUUCUUGCUGUCAGAAAAUAAACUAGGUUCAUAGUUGGUAUUUGUAAUCUGGGAGAGUCGGGGUGUUUUUCAGCUCAUUAAUUUGAUUUCUUCUGUCCAUGACAUGGAGUCUGGGUUUGCACCACUUCUUCCACCUCCCACAUCCUUUUUUUUUUCACUAGGCAUAAAGCCCACAGAACAGGAGGGGAGUCACUCUGAAACCCCGAGGACACCCUGGCCUGAAGCCAAAGUCCACUGAGCAUUCAAAGGGUGUUGCGGAUUGAACCCGCGUGGCAGGUGUAUUACUGCUGUGUUGUUGUGAUUUGUCAUGUAUUACAGAAAAUAAUCACAAUCAGCCUUGGGAAACAAGGCAUACCAAGAUAAAUUCCUCUUCCUCAGCAAUUGGGCUUGUUUUCUGAUCAGAAUAUUUUUCUUCUGCUCUGCCUGUUUUUGGAAGCAGCUGUUUGGCAACCAGCUGCUCCCAGAUUCCCAGUGUGGGAAGAUCCAAGCCACAUCCCAUGUCAGUGAUGCCGAUCUCCCAAGCUCCACUCUGGUCUUCAGAGCAAUGAGUCAGAGUAGAACUCCUCACAUGCAUAUCCUUAGGCCAUCACUCAUAUGUUAUGAUUGAUCAAAAGAAACCUCCUAAAACACCAAAAUACUUCUGUGGAACAUAACAUGGAAGCAUUCUGAGCAAGUUUUUUUUUUGUUGUUUUGUUUUGUUUUGUUUUUUUAAAUGCAAGAACUGUUUCUUAUGUAUUAAAGAUUAAUGUCGAUAUAGACAUAUAAUCCAGAAUAAACAUCCUGUGGUGCUAAAGUAAAAAAUUCCUCUCUGUUUAAUAAUAAUCACUUGUAUUUUUAAGUGUUCCCCAAAUAGCUCUAAAAUUUGGUAUUCAGCUGGACGUUGUUCCCUGGAAUAGUCAGAGAAGAAUAUGAUACUGUUCUAAAUCCUGUCCAUUUGCUUUGAAUUUUCAUGAAGGAAAUCUGUUCAUUUGCUUUUCUGUUGUAUUUUCAGUGGUAAGGACAAUUAAUUAUUCAGGCUGAUGAAAGUACUGAUUAAUCUCAGAAAUAUUAACAUAAUUGAACUUGCAAAUAUUUGUUAAAGAAACUGUAAGUUUUCCCCAGAGCUACAAGAAGGAAAAAUAUACUUACUUAUGGUUUAGUUUUGAUGUUGAUGCCUUAAGGUAUGAACUGUGCACUCCUGUUUCUCAGUGCUUGUAGCACACUUCAUUUUAGGCUAUUUAUUUUAAGGCAAAGCAUAGAUUUAGAUAAUGAGUUUCAGUACAGACACAAAUUACUCUGUGUACGAGUAGCUGUAGUACUGGUGGUCUGGGAUAAAAAAAAAAAAACCCACCACCAUGAAAUUUGCAAAUACAAGAUAGCUUGUUCCAGCCAUGCUGUGUCAAAAAGGAUGAUGUUGCUGCCUAGACUCAGAAAAUUUCAAGAAUUUUUUUUUUAACUAAAAAUAUUGAACAGGAAAAAUGUAGUAAGGAAAGAAGAAAGUCAUAUAUCCGUAUGAGUGAAUUCAGACAUCCAGUUUUUAAGGGAAAAAAAUACCCUGAAAUCUGAAGUAACAUUGACUGUGAUGAAUUUUCUUUGACAUCUGUAGCAUGGUGCAGCUUGAGAAACAAAGUUAUUUUUCAUUUUGGAAUAUUAAUUUGCAUUUUAUAGAUCCUUAUGAAUUAGGGUUCCCAAAGUUUACAUAAAAAAAUGAUAUUAUAAUGUUAACCAAUCUGGAAGCAAUGCCAUGAGUAAGAGUGCCAGUGAAUCAUUCCGAAGGGUUUUCUUUCAGUACAACUUGAGAGUCUGAUCAUAGGAUUAUUCAUAUUUUCAUAAGAUUAUUCUUAUUUUUGCAAGCAUCAAAGGUGCUAGAAUCCAAUAAAUUUUUAACCAAAAAUGAAAAGUUCAAAUAUAAUCAGCAAGAGUGUGGCGUAGGAGUGCUUAAGUCUGCCAAACUUUUCUUCGUCCAUUUCGAGUAUGUGACAACACAGAAGUGAUAUGAGUGCUUGCUUCCCAAAUUUACUCAAGCUUCCAGUAUCUCUGCUCACGAUUAGCUAUUAGAGAUCGCAGGUUCUUUCACGGUCAGAAUAUGCUUCCAGCUUUCAGUAGAGGGGGAUUGAAGGUGGUCAGUUGUACUCCUAAGGUUUCUGUGAAGCACUUGAAAGUAAACCAUCUCAUUCACAUAAUUAAGUGGGAUAUUAGCGUUAGCCCAGAACGGUAAGAUUUGCUUUUUCUCACAUACAGCAGUCUUGAAAUCCAGAAAGGCAUGUCUUGAUGAUUUUUUAAUCCUCCUGGAUAUAGCCACUUCCAAGGCAACCUGUUCACUCACCACUUAGAUGUAUGACAACACACAAAAAACAAGUGAGAGUAGGAGGCACUUGGAGGCAGUGGAUCUUGGAGCAUUUUCCCUGUCCAAUACCCUCAGGAGAAAAAACAUGUAUUGCGCUGCUUACUGUUGCCACCUUUCUUAAAUAUUUCCCUAUCACAGCCCAUGUGCUGCUUCUCUGUUGGAAAACUUGGAAGCAUUGGUCAGGACUCUACAAGGAAAAUGCCUUUGGACAUGGGGUGUCUUCACCACGGGAGAAGAAAAAGAUCAAAUGAACAUCACUGGACUCACUUCCCUUCAGGCCUUCUUCCAGUGAAAAGCAGUCUGCAGGACUAUCUGCUAAGUUCCUAAUAUUUCCAACAGUCAGCAGGCUGCUAGCUGCGUUGUUUCAGUUUGUGUGUAAUUCAAGCUCCCGUAUUCUGACUGAAGGGGAAGGAUGUCAGUUAUUUAAGACUUCCUCAGAAGUUUUUCGGAAAUUAAAACUGCUUUAACAGCGGUAUUAGUUACACUGAUAAAACAUUUGCAUUUAGGCAAAAGUCUUAGGUAGCUGUUUUGGAUAUAUUUAUUUUACUGUUGCUCUCCGUUGCCUAAUGUAUUUGCUUGAGGGCAGUCAGGCGGCUUCCCGUACUGGCCAAAGGCAGCACGUCAGCUGAAUACACUGGAAGAUAACUUGACAUUUUUAAAACCAAAGUUGUAUGAGAUAGGGAUAAACUGUGAAGAUGCGUCUGCUAUAGUAAUUGAGUUGAAGUUAUUUAUACUUCGUCUGCUUCUAUAUUUAAUUAUAUUGCAAUUUAAGUUCGAGUGGGAAUACAGUUACAAGCUGACAUAUGAUGCUUUUAAGCAAUAACAUAGUGUUGUGCUUUCCUGGAAAAAAUAAAAUAUCAGAUAAAAUAUGCCAUAGUUGACAGGCAGUAUUAAUUCUGACAGUAAGUUUUAAAGCUGUGUAGCUAGAAAGAACUCCAGCAGAUGUGCACAUUUGCUGAAGAGUAUGGAUUUGCAGAUUAUUGCAUGUGUUAUGACUUGCAAAUUGACAACUUGAAAGCUUCUCCCUUUGCUGUGCCUGCAACUGCAUUCUCAGUCUCCAUGAUCUGAAAAGCUGAGAAAAUGCCAACAGAGGAUCUCUCAGAUUUGUUAGCUAGUUUUGUAAUGCAGUUCUAUAGCUGUAACUGAGUAAUGGCACAUUGCAAAAGAGUACUUUCGCUACUUACCGUGCAAAACAAACCAAAAACGAAGAAAAUAUUUCUUUGAGAAGGAGAGAAAACUGUUGGAUUAUUUGAUGUCCAUUAUAAUGUUUUCAUUUUAAAAUAAAUACAAGAGUUUCUCAGGGAUAGACUGAGCUGGAGGGGGAGUGAGCUGGUGCUGAAGAUGGCUGGAGGAACAGCAGCAACAAAUGCCAGAAAGCUCUGGACAGGUCAAGAGGAGAGAACAGCUCAAGGGCAGCUCACAUCUGAGUCUUGGUGUCCACUGACCUAGUCACCGUGACUCCACAAAGCUGUCGAGUAAGAGAAGUGCAGACAUCUGUUUACAAGAAAUGCUGACAUUCCCUAAGCUUGAUAGUUUACUGGGGUUUUUUUUUAUGAUAUUAUUUCAUGUUCUUGUGUGUGUGUUGGAUAUGUACCAUACAUAAUUAAAAAAAAAAAGCUUAAUGGUUGUCCUGCAUCCAAGCUCAUUUUCCUGAGGUUGACUUAGCAGGACUGCCAACUGUGGAAAAAAAAGAAAAAGGGAAAAAAAGACAGUUGAAUUAAAUCGUAGAAUCAUAAAGGUUGGAAAAGACCACUGAGAUCAUCUAGUUCGACCACCAACCCAUUGCCACCAUGCACACUGACCAUGCCCCUCAGUACCACAUACUCAUAUUUCUUGAACAUCUCCAGAGAUGGUGACUCCACUGCCUCCCCAGGCAGCCUCUGCCAAUGCCUCACCAUUCUUUCUGAGAAGAAAUUCUUCCUGAUAUCCAAUCUGAAAAGGCAGCUAGCCAAUGAAGUACACAAAAGGAAACUGCAACUUUUAGCUGGGCCCUUUGAUUAUCAGGGUAUUUUCUUAUUGCUAACAGAAAAGUGUGCAUUUUAAGGAAAAUCGGCUGAAAUUUCAGGUAUACAGUCUGUCUGUACAGACAGACACCUGCUGACAUGAAAAAGGAACAGUUGUAAUAAAUAUAUCAUACAGAUCCUGCACACAGUUGCUGCCAUAGCUGCAAAGCAGUGAAAUCCUUCCAAAGUAGAUAACUAUAAGCUGAAUAUUCAUGCUUAAUCAUUACAAGCCCAGAGAAUAUUUGAGAUAGCUGUUCAAAUGGUUUUCAAGACAAGGCAUCCCAUGAUUGCAAAGAGGAUUAUUAUUUUAUUGUUUAGGCUUGGGGUUGCAAAGGCUCAGUACAACCAUAUAUCUUUUCAGUUGUAAUUCAUACAUUUGCCAUGGUUCAUAUUUUUUAGAGGUUUAUACUUAGUCUUUCUUCCUGCAGAGACAGAAACCAUUAUUUGUUAGUUCAUAUAUAUCAUCCAGCAAAUAAAAAUAUAUUAGUUGUGUUUUAAAAUAAAUGAUUUUUCUAAGCUACAGGACUUCACAAUGUAUCUGGGAAACUACAAUCAAACAUGUAGUUAAUCGGCCUUAAAUGGGUCUGGCAUACCUAAACUGGGAUAAUAUGGUAUCUAUUCUGUAGUAGCAUAGGUCAACGAGUCAAGAAACAAAGGAUAGAACACGAGCCUAUACAAGAUUGUAUACUACUUAGAGGGAAAAUUUUAAUUGCCCGUAUUGAGUUUAUAAUAGUUGAGAAAUUAAGAAAGUCUUCCUAAUAGAUGUGGUACAGCAGCUUGGGUGAAUAAUUAAGUAGAAAUAUUCUAGCUCGAUAGGCAGAUUCUUAGCAGGCAUUGAAAUUUGGUCAUUGUAAUUCAUGAGUUCUUGUAGUACAUUAACUACGUGUCAGCACGUCAAAGAAGGCUAUAGAAGUAGUAGCGAGGCUUUUAGGGAAUGAACACUAAGAGUACUUCUAGGGGGAAACUCUUCAGGCUCAUUUCAGAAAUUUAUAUCUCAUUGUUUAGAAGUACUUAGAAACUCAAAAGCCCAACUGCAGUAAAUGAGAUUUAGUGAAAGACGUUUGGAAUAUAAUCUAAGAUCAGUUAAACAAACUGACCAGCUUGGACAAGCAUUGAGGUUCAUUAGCAUUGCUCCAAACAGAAGUUUUUUCAUUGUUGCUGUACUAGCAAGACACAGUUGGCAUCUCUAGCACAGAAACUGUAGUCAUGAAAACCCACUGGAAUAGAGCAUAAAAUGAAGAGUGUUUAGAAACAUAUUAAGUGUUAUUCAGAUUGAGGCUUUAAUUUUCAAAACGAGGAAGUAGAAGUGUAUUUAAUUUCGUGAUGGUUUGAACUGUGGUUGUUGUGUUAAAAAUAUGCUUCUACUUAGGAAUGUAGCAGUAGGCCGUACAUCAGUAAGGCUUCAGACAAACAUAAGGAAGGUCAUUUUCAGCUUAGUUUAUAAACUACCAAGCUUUAAAAAUAACUCCACUUACAAAAAUGAAUAACCAUACCUUUUAUAGCUUCUAGAUCGGAGGACUAAAAUAGCACAUUUUCAGAAUUAAUUUUGUUGCCUAAAAAACAAUAAAAAUUGUCUAUUCAAGAGAAAAAAAACAAAACACAACAUUGAGCUGAGUUCUCAAAGUACUGCCUGAAGCAAAUAUCACCUGUGGUAAAUCCUUUAAGUUAGCCUUUGAAUGUGGCAUCAGGUGUUUUCUCUGUAAAAUCUUGGCCCCAACCUGAAUGGCAUUCAGUUGCUACCAUCUCUGAGGAGAACUGGGGUAUGUAUUAGACUAAGUUAACGUGAGUAUACUUCUGGGAAAGGGAUUUCACCCAUUUAUUGCUUAUACAUGUCUCAAAUGGAAAUACAUAAUGCCCUUCGGGAUGCUAGCAGAUAUAAUGAAAUGGUUUUUCUAAAGAAUCAUAGAAUCACAAGGUUGGAAACAACCUGCAAGAUCAUCUAGUCCAACUGCCUUCCCAUUCCCAUUGGUACCACGAGCUACUAAACCAUAUCUUGUAGCUCUUCUUCAUUCCUGCCAUUCUCCAGCAGUGAUGGGCAACAAGGAAUUCAGGUUCUGGUCAGUCUAUAACAGCUCCACUCUUCUACUCCUUCCUCCUCAUGCUUUGCCCCUGCUUCGGUGUGGGUCCUUUUCAUGGGCUAUGGGGGAUUGCCUGAUCCAGCAUCUGGAGCACCUCCUCCCCUCCUUUCUCUGCCACCUUGGUGUUUGUAGGGCUGUUUCUUGUGCUUUGUACAGCACUGCCUGUGUGAUGUUUUGCCCUUUACAUACAACUUCCCUGGGGCACCACCAUGGUUGCCGGGCCCAGCCAUGCCCUGCGUUUUUACUCAGGAGAGGGAAACAUCAAACUUACACCAAGCGUUGGAUACCUCAUUCCUUUUAGGGCUGUCUCGGCUGUCAUCACGUCUGUUCUGUCCUCCUUUGACUAUCACUGCACUACCUGCAGUGCCUGUAAUGGGGCUCAGUGCACGUGCUCCAGGCCUGUGGAAAUGUAAGAGUGCCUCAGUGCAGAGUGUUUUAUCAUAGAAGGACAGCAUAUGUUUUGCUGGGUAAUGGAGAGUGGUGUUCAGAUAAGCAGUGAAAUAAUACAAAUAGAGCUUUGUUCUUAAAGUGGUUAAGGGAUGUCUUCUAUUAGAAAGGGCAGCUUCUUCUCCUACUCAAUCUUUUAGGUAUUUUAAAUGACCUAUGGACUUCAGAGCUCUGAAACUCCAUUUUUUGCCAGUUUUUGAACAGCAGCUGCUAGAAGGAGUCUCAUAGCCAUAGGUUUUUUACCUGUAUUUGAAGAGAACUUGCUCACAAAGCCUGUGAAGGUGCUGGGCAGCGUUGGUGUGGAAAUCUUCUGAUACUUGUAAAUGAGCAUUUGGAAUUCUUUUACCUUUUAUGGGCAUGAGUUUUUAAGUAAACCCUGGAAAAAAAGGAAAAAAAAAAAAAAACAAAAA